CAACGGAGAGAGAGGCGAGAGUAGAAAUCCUCGGAUCCGUGAGAGAUGUUUCACGACAGGGGCAUGCCAGACGGGAUCCGCGUACGGUAGCUUUUUUCCAUUCAUUUAAAUAGGGGACGCCGUGACCAUUACGGGGGCUAAAUGUGUCCAAGAAAUCGGCGUGUCGAGGGAAAGGCAGACUGCACGCGACUCGCCGCCGCCGCCGCCGCCGUACCUGACAGUCCACGCGGCCCGGCCCCAAAACACUUUCGCCUCGCUAUAUACACACGAGAAAUCGCAUCGUGUUUCAUUCAGAACGCGAGCGCCACUGGCAAUGUCGGGAAGUGACAGCCCAACAUUCUUUCACGGCCAGCCCUGGUCCAGCUGGAUCGAAAGAAUCGGACGAGACAAGCCGUUGAGCGAUGAAGAAACAGAAGGACAACUUUCCAGCUCAGUCACACGCCUUGCGGCAGAAGACAUUGAUUUAUAUGGAUUCUGCCCUGAAAGAGAUACUUUUUACACGGUAGUAUGCGAAACAUGCCAUGCCAUAGUCAAACCACAAGCUCUUAUUCAGCAUAUGGAAAGUCGCCAUCCUUCCGGCACGGUCAGUUUCCCGCCUCCCUCCACCCCGGCCGUAAAGCCACCCGUGAAAACGCCUUAUUGCAAAGUCUCGAAACUGAAAAAGACCCAGUCGUCGUCGCCGCAGAUCCCGGCCGGGGCGGUCAAGAUCAAUCACACGAGCGUGAAACGGCCCGGGGAGCAACAACAACAACAACAACAACAACAGCCGAGCGUUCCAACGAGCAUAACGACAUCGUUACCGAUCCCAUCGUCGCCACGAUCGCCGCUCGAGUCUUUGCCACCUGUACAGACCCCGAACACGACCAGCGGUGGCACGUCGUCGGUUUCUUCGAGCCCUGUGAAAAGCCCUAACACAUCGACGGGCAGUGGUCAGCCACGGCGGAAAAGGCUCAAAACUGACAGGUCGUUGCUCAAGGACCGAGAGUAUGAUCCCGACCGUCAUUGCGGGGUCUGGAACGAUGAGACCGGGAAGCCUUGCACCAGGUCGCUCACCUGCAAGGCUCACACGGUCUCGUUACGUAGGACGGUCCUCGGCCGGAGCAAAACGUUCGACAAGCUCCUCGCUGAUCACCGGGCGGCGAAGGAGCUGCCGGGCCGGCCGACGAAGGUGACCGUGACCGGCACCGUAACCGUCUCAUCCUCGACCACUAGCCUGAAUCCCCUAACGCCGAACACCCCCGCGUUGACCGUCGAGGCGGACGCGCCGAGCUCGCCGCCCGUUCUCUCGCUGCCAGACACGUAUCCACUGCCAAAGGCUGUUGAUUUGCUUUAUCGGUGUCUGGCCCCGCAUGGCUCCGCUAAACCUACAAAGCUCGAAGAGGACUUCGCGAACGAGGAGCUGAGAAGCCUGGAGUCGUCGAUCGUGAACUCGACCGGCUCGUCGCAGUCGAGCUCGAUGAUGGCCCCGAUAUCGGUGGUGCUGCCAUCGUUGUCGCCGUUGCCAGCUACCAACAACGACGAGUCCACGGUGGCCACCUUGAUACCGAGCACAGCGUCCCCGGUGAUACCGGUUGUGCCAGCGACACUGCCAGCGACCUGUACACAACCAUCGUUGGUCACCACCGUGAUGGAAGCGGAAACGCCUGUGGACAUCGACACGGAAACGGCCAUGACCAUUUACUCUCCCGUCUACAAGGACAAGUCCCAAUUGGUGAUGCAGCUACCACGUUCGAACAAUAUCGCUCAUUCGCCCAUAUCUAGGAGUUACCAGGUUCAAGCCUCGAUGCCCAGUCUGAUCUUCGAACCGAUGGAACAGCUCGAGCAACUGGAGCAGCUGGAACAACAACAACACCCGCCCCAGAUCAACGGGAAGAGACUGAAUCACUCGACCCAUCCGAGUCCUGUCAGCCAACGGCAACCGAAGAGAACGAAACACGACUACCAGCAGGAUCUGUCCACAGCGAUACAGGUCGAAGCGACGACAGCGUCCUCACCGUAUCCCCAUUUCGGGGAUAUCUCGUGGUCGAACUGUCAUCCAGAGCCGCUGGCUGUCAGCCGGUGGCUUCGUAUCUCGUCCAGCCGUAAGCAGUACAACUUUAAUAUUCACUGACACAAGACCCCACCCACUCCAGGCUGAGGAUCCACGCGCCACAGGCGCGUUAUUCUCUACCUCCUGUU